UCACUCGCCGUCAGGCAGCGUCAGUAUGUGCGUGUCUGUGAGGUUCGUUUCUAGCAUGCAUUGAACGUGUGUGCUAGUAGCUCUUGUGUCUCAUCAGCUUCGUCCGUUGCUUCAUCCUGCUCUUCUUGUUCCUCUCGCUUGGCACUCUUUCUAACAGAACAUUGCAAGACAGACGGGCAAACAGUUGGCACUGGAACACGAACAAGAAGCAACCAAAUCGGUUGUUCAUCUCCAACAAAAGACCCACUUCUCUCUGCUCCUCCUCCCUUCCCUUUCUUUGACUUGGAUUGGUGGAACCUGAAUGGAUCCAAGGCCAUCAAGGCCAGAGGGUUGCCUUUCAGUCAGUGUAGAGGGCGCUUUUCCUUUUCCCUUACUGUGUGUAUUGUCUAGGAGCAGAAGUAAUAGUUUGUUCCUGUUCCUUGGAAAAGAAAGGAAACACUCAGAGAAGGUUGAUGUGUCAGUGUAAGUCCUCGAUAAGUUCGUUCUGGGAGUGCAUCUAGAUCAAUAUGUGAUUUUGGGGAGCAUCAUUGAAAUUCAAGGCAUCAAAGACCAACCAACCCAUAUUCAGCUUUCAAGUGUCACUUGUUCUCAAUUGGUGCCAAGAGAGACAUUCACACAUCCUCCUUCACUGUCAUCAUGGGUCGCUAUACAGGGAAGAAGUGUCGCCUUGUCACCAUGUUUGGCUUGACCGGCUCCUUCUUCUUGGUGGAGCUCAUCGUUGGCUAUGUGACGAAUUCCAUGGCCUUGGUGGCCGAUUCGUUCCACAUGCUCAGUGAUAUUGCGGCUUUGGCCAUUGCGUUUAUAUCGGUGAAAAUGGCUCCCAAGUCUUGGGACAAGAACACGUUUGGUUGGGCUCGAGCAGAGGUUCUGGGAGCAUUGGUCAAUGCGGUGUUUUUGGUGGCCUUGUGCUUCUCCAUCACCGUGGAAAGUCUUAAGCGGUUUUAUGAACCCGAGGAUAUUCAUGACCCUCAGAUGAUUUUGUGGGUGGGAGCCAUGGGCUUGGUGGUGAAUCUAUUGGGUCUGUGCUUAUUUCAUGAACACGGUCAUUCUCACGGAGGCCACGGACAUAGUCAUGGACCGAAAAAGGAGCAUAUUGUCGGACAUGGAGCUCACAGCCAUCUGACCGUUUUAGCCGAUCACAGUGACGAUGAUAUCGCUCCCAAAUCGAAAUCGAUUGAAGAUGGUCGAGAUCACACGGACCAUGCCCAUGAUGCGGGGGGCGCUUCGUCUCAAAUGAAUAUGCGGGGUGUGUUCUUGCACGUGCUGGCUGAUGCGUUGGGUUCGGUGGUGGUGAUAAUUUCGGCCCUAAUCAUGUGGCUCACGGAGUGGGAGUACAAAUAUUACGUGGACCCGGGCCUUAGUCUUAUACUUGUGUUAUUAAUGAUGAAAAGUGUUUGGCCGCUUCUAAUUGAAUCAGCUCUCAUUCUACUACAAACCGUACCCACCCACAUUGAGGUUGAUACGCUCAAACGGAAGCUACUUGAGAAUGUAGAUGGAGUUCUGGCCGUCCACGAGUUUCACGUUUGGCAGCUUACCGGGGACCGCAUCAUUGCAUCGGCUCACAUCAGAUGUCUCAAUUUGUCAGAAUACAUGAAGGUUGCUGAGAAUAUCAAGGAGUUUUUCCACAAUGAGGGCAUUCAUUCAACCACCAUUCAACCCGAAUUUGCGGAUUAUCACCCAGGUCAAGAUUACAUUUUAAGUGAGGAUUGCGCUCUAAGUUGCCCUAAGGCACCUACAGCUAACCAACCUGCUUGUAACGCCUCCAAGUGCUGCCCACCUUCUAAAUCCAGCCAGAACACGCCGGUGUUGGACCGAAGACCCGCCAGUUUUGUUGCCAAAGAG